UUUUAAAAAUUUGUGAUACUGAUUUUAUUAUUUUCAAGUUUCUACUUUGUAAUGACAUUCAUUAUUUUAACGUAAUUUAUUAGUUUUUUGCUUUGACGAUGAAUGUAACUGAUGCGAAUGACUUUGUGACUAGACUUAAAGCGCAAGACUGCGAAAGUGAUAUAUACAAUCUAGAGAAAGUUUUUGACGAGUUUCAAACAUUUUUGAGUAUCUUGCCUAUCAAAGAUAAAAGUUCCUUUUCUUUGAAUGUUCUUUGCACAUUAUGCAGGAACUUAGAGAAGGUUCCUACAUGGAAGAGCAGGAUCAGCAACAAAGAUCUGCUGCGGCUCAGUAUAGAGUGUGUGAGGCAGAUGAGAGGGGCCGACUGUGACAAGCAAGGCAAGGCGCUGGCCUGCAUCUAUCAUGUGCAUAAAUAUAUUGUGAAGCAGAGCUCCGUGCAACCAGAGUUGAUCCUUAAAUUGUCUUUUAUGCCAUUCGAGUGUCAAGAACUCCUGCGCCAGUACAACUCCACGUACUGGAGUAUCCUGGCCGAUAGGAUCGCUUACAUAGAGGUACUGAAAACCCUAAAGAUGUCCAUAGGGAAACUGUUGCCGAGGGUCAACGAACACAUAAUAAAACUCAUCACAAUCUACGAACCAGUCCAGUUCUGCACAAGUUUACUGCCAUUUUUAGUGAAGAAACUAUUUUAUAUAUACAGUGAUGUGGCAUAUGUAGAAUUAAAUAACACAUAUAGAGAUAUAUUUAACCAAAUUUCCAUUUAUUCUACUAAAAUUAAGAUUUUAAGUGAAAAGGACACUAAAGCACUCUAUGUUAAACUGAGUGAUUGCUUACAUAUCAUCACCGAUAAUUUGUCAAAGAAUAAUUUUAAGGAUUUUAACGUAUUGGAGGAUGCUGUGCAAGUAUGUAUGUCUUUGCUGGGACACCUACCAGACAUCCAUCAUUGUUUAUUAACAUUUUAUCUUAACUCAUUCUGUUAUAUAUUCAAAAAUUAUAAAGAUGAGAACUGUUUGGAAAAUGUCCUCAAUAAUAUGGAGGUGUCGUGUGAAACUACAAAGAAGAUGGGCUAUGUGACAAUAAUGAACACUACAUACCCUUUUAUAAGCCAGAUGCUCCGCAUUUGUAUUGAAAAUAAACGAGUAAACGUCACAGAGAGUCUUCAAAGCGUUUAUCUGGAUCUUAUAUCUUAUUUAAUGAAUAAACUGGAGACAAGUAACCAGUUGCUCAAAUGUGACGGAUGCUCAGUCAAAUCUGGCCUUCAUGACUCUAUUAGGCUUAGCUUCUUAUCCAAAACAGUCAUUGAAGCAAACCCUAAUACAACAAAUUUACCAAAAUUCUAUAAGACAGUUGAAACACAGUAUCAGAUAUUGGCCCAGUUAAAAUCGCUGGGUUGUGUGAACUAUGACAAAUACUGUCAGAAGAUACAGUCUGCCACUCACAAUACAGCGGUGAGCUUCAACAAGCUGCAAAAGCACGAGUACUCUAUCAGGCUUUUCAAUGUUUACUUGAAGCUCGAAUUUAAAGGAACCGAUUACAAGAACAUCAGUCGUGCUUUGUACAACAAGAGUAUUUGUGAGGCUGACAACAAGAUGUAUAAGGAGGCAUUGUUUGAUGCCUUUCUAAGUUUAGUGUACUCUCGGGACCAUCUCGCUGACAAAUAUAUGACCCUGGUGCUAGAUAUUAAAGCUAAGGCGCUCAAAAUUGAGGAUAUUAAGGAGCUGCAGCCAGUCAGUGUAUUGGACGCCUGUGAAGCUAUGCUGCAGGAUGACCGCUAUGGUGACUUAAAACCUUACCUGACACGUGUGCAAUUCUGCGGUCUGCUGCAGCACGAGUACGACAUGUAUGCUAAACACUGGCCGUCCCUGUCUCCUGUGUGCGGCGUGAUCAACUCCCUCGCCAACAUCCUCGACGGGAAGCACCCUUGGAUCAGAGCGGAGAGCAGGGACAGCGUCAAGGCCGCGCUGUACCGCAGCGUGGUGGCGGUGGGCGGCGUGGUGCGCAGCCUGCACAGCGACCCCGACCUGGCGCGCCUCGUGCGUCGCGUGCGGCCUGCCGCGACCGGGGAGGGGCCGGUGGUCCAGGCGGCGCUGCUCCUGCUGCACAGCGAGCUGGAGCUCCACGCGGCGGCCGAGCAGUUCUGUUGGAAGCCCAGCACCCAGACACUGGAGCAGGAAGAGCCGGUGGUGCAACGGAGCGUGUUGCAGGAGUACGAGGUGGUGGGGGACGCGCUGCGAGCCGUGCGGCUGUUGGCCGCCAGCACACACCUGCUGCGUGGGUCUGGGGCGGCGGGCGAGCUGCUGCGGCUGGCGGAGGUGAGCGUGCUGCAGCUGGAGCAGCUGGGGCUGCUGGCGCCCGCGCUGCAGCUGGCGACCUGCUGCCUCACGCUGGCCGACCUGGCCGCGGACAGGUGGCGCUCAACACAUUGGAAUUAUAUUGAUGUUUGA